AUGGACAAGAGCAUUAUAAUUCACAAGAUUUUUGACACUGUUUCUCAUAAAAUCCUCAUAGAGAAAUUGAUGAAGUGCAGAGUAGACGAAUGGGCAGGAGCAAAGAAGGCCAACAGCCUCCUGCGCUGUAGUAAGAAGAACAUUGCAAGCAGGUCGAGGGAGGUGACCCAUCUCCUCUGGUUAGAACUGUGCCCUACAGAUACCAAAGCAACGUUUGGGGUCCACCUUAAGGUAGUAGGAGACUGGACAGAAAGAUUGCGGGAUUUACUGCUUCUACAUUCAAAUCAAGACACAGAGAUUCUGCCCAUCUUUCAGCAGAGGCGCUAUCCCAAACUGUAUGUGGAUGGACCUUUUGGAAGUCCCUUUGAGGAAUCCCUGAACUACGAGGUCAGCCUCUGUGUGGCUGGAGGUAUUGGAGUUACACCAUUUGCAUCAAUACUCAACACACUGCUUGAUGACUGGAAAUGCUACAAGCUCAGAAGACUCUACUUCAUUUGGGUGUGCAGGGACAUUGAAUCUUUCCGCUGGUUUGCAGAUCUGCUUUGUGUGUUGCACAACAAGCUUUGGCAGGAGAAUCGGCCAGACUAUAUAAACAUCCAGCUGUACCUCAGUCAACCAGAUGGAAUACAGAAAAUAAUUGGUGAAAAAUACCAAGCUUUAAACUCAAGACUUUUGAUUGGACGACCCCGAUGGAAACUCCUUUUUGAUGAAAUAGCGAAGUGUAACAGGCGGAAGACCAUUGGAGUUUUCUGUUGUGGACCAAACAAAAUCUCUAAGAUACUUCAUAAACUGAGCAACAGCAGCAACUCUUAUGGGACAAGGUUUGAGUAUAAUAAAGAAUCCUUCAGCUGAAAGACUGUUGGACUAGCAAGACUCUCUAGAAGAUGAAAGUGCAAUUUUUUGUUUGUACAACUUAAGUUCAUCUGUGGUUUAAACAGACAUAAAUGUACCAAAGAAUAGCACAGAUUUUCUUAUUUAUGAUUAUUUAAGACUUUGGAAAAUGAUGGAUGCAGCAGUAUACCAACAAAUAAUAAGUGCUUAUGCUCAAAGGCAAAUGCGCUCACACAAUAUUUGUGGCAGGGUUUGUUUCUGUUAAUUAAAAAGUACGGAAGCUGGGGAGAGACACAGUUGCUUUAAAAGCUGUUGGAAGAAGAAUCUGUGGAACGUUUGAACUUCUUCCACUUUAGUCCUCUGAAGCUGGAUCAGUAAACAAAGCCCCAGGUUAAUCCAAAUGACAAAACAUAGUGUAUUACAAAGACAUACUGCUUUUGUUGGUAUACAAAUCUCAUGGCUUUGGGGUGGAAACACU